GCCUGGUUCUCCUACUACCGGGCGGUCUGCUGACGUGUCUCUUUCCUGUUCUGCCUUUACCGAACAUCGAGCGGCCGCGCAAUGACCCCCAAAAACGUGGUGGACGCCGCCGGCCAACUCUAACGCCGUGCACCCACACGGUGCACACACCAGCUGUGAGGAAAGCGGAGUUGCAAUCUUGGCGAGAAUUUAGAGAGAUUGUAGGAGAAAUGACGAAGGUGCUCAAGCCUGCUGCCGUAGUUGUUCCCUCCUUGCCUGCUGGCCUCCAGCACCUUCACAGUGCAAAGAAAUCCAAAAUUGCAAAGAAAACCAAGACUGCAAAGAAUGAUGACAAGGCAAGGAGUUAUUCAACGACUGGCGUUGAUAGCCUGAGCCCAUUUCACGGCCUUGAGAGAUGGGUGUCAGAUUACCAAGUGCAGAGGCCUGGACAGAAGAUUCUGCAAACACAACUAGAUGAGUAUAUGGUCAAAUACGACGCCAACGUGAAGAAGCCGGCCGAAGCGAGUGCCAAACAAGCAGACACACUGCCAAAGGAUAAACACUUGUCUGAUUUCUACCGGUUCCAGCAACGGGAAGCAGGCCGGAACGAGUUGCUGGAGCUGCGGCAAAAAUUUGAGGAGGACAGGCGGAAGAUUGCAAAGUUGAAGGCCGCCCGAAGGUUCAAACCUUAUUAGGAAAGGGCUCAAAACUCUGGAUGAGUCUGAUGAGAGGAGUUUUUCCCUCAAGUAGACAAGAGGAUAAGGUGUGACGUUGUUGGCCAGCACGUACUCGACAGAUUCUUUCUGGUUGGUUAUGAGAUUUGCUGCUUCCUGCUAUUGGGGGGGAUUGCAUGGGCUGGUGGGGUGUAGAUUGUUUCUGGUUGCUUUAUGAGAUUCGCUGCUGCUCGUAAUUGGAGGAUUGCAUGCGCCGUGGGGAGGACCCGGAGGCUGUUCGUAGGCGACCCUUGAUGACAGGGUGCCUGCUGAUGAUCAAGCAAAGAUUUUGACUCAAUGACAUUCAGUGUAAUUGGUGGUUGCUAUAAGUUGAGAUCCCACAAGGAUUUUGUACAUCUUCGAGUUAUUUUUCAAGCUGAGCCUCCUGCUACUAGGCUGCUAGUGUGGUGUAUGAGGCAGAAAGCUGUCACUUGUCAGAGUCACAUUCUUACCCUGAGACUGUGAACAUCUUAGGUAGAGUUGUGUGCUUAACAG